AUGGCCACAGGUGAUCCGCUAGAGGCGGGAUCGUAUCCGUAUUCGCAGCGAGUCGUGUACCUUAAUCUCGCCGGGCGGCUUUGCUGGUUGUUUCUCCGUAUCACUUGGAGCUUUGGGGUUCUUCUCAGGAGUAAUAUUGUGCGGGACAGCAAAACUAUGCUUUUGGGACUCUCUGAUGGAUGUUUAUAUAGUAUUUCCUGGAAAGGAGAGUUUGGUGGAGCUUUCAGCAUUGGUUCCCAAGGCUCUGAUAGCAACAGCGAUAGCCUCUUGUCUUACAGUGUGGGGAAUGGGCUAGUUUCUGGAGUAGCUUCAGCAACACUUGCAUCCGAUGAUAAAUUCUCAACAAAAGCGGCAAUUAUUCAGUUGGAACUCUGCACUCUCUCGAAGUUGUUGUUUGUGUUGAAUUCUGAUGGGCAGCUACUGGUAUGCUCUGUGAAUAAGAAAGGUUUAAAGUACACUGAGAGCAUUAAAGCUGAGCAGAAGUUGGAUGGUGAUGCUGUUUGUGCAUCAGUGGCUUCAGAGCAACAGAUUCUUGCUGUGGGUACAAGAAAAGGGACGGUUGAUUUGUAUGAUGUUUCACAAUCGAUCUCUCUCCUACGUACAGUAUCUUUGCAUGACUGGGGUUAUUCAGCGGAUUACACUGGGCCUGUCAGUAACAUUGCAUGGACGCCUGAUAAUUCUGCUUUUGCUGUUGGGUGGAAGUCGAGAGGACUUGCAGUUUGGUCUGUUUCUGGAUGUAGAUUGAUGUCAACUGUCCGCCAAAUUGGACUGAGUUCUACUUCUUCUCCUAAAAUUAACCCAAACCAAGACUGUAAAUACGAACCGCUGAUGAGUGGUACUUCAGCCAUCCAGUGGGAUGAAUAUGGAUACAGAUUAUUCGCUACGGAGGAGGCAUCUUGUGAUAGAGUUCUUGCAUUUUCUUUUGGGAGAUGUUGCUUAAACAGAGGAGUUUCAGGAAAAACUUAUGUUCGUCAGGUAAUGUAUGGUGAAGAUAGACUACUCAUGGUUCAGGCGGAGGACACUGAUGACCUCAAGCUUUUACAUCUAAAACUUCCAGUUUCUUAUAUUACUCAAAAUUGGCCUGUUCAACACGUGGCAGCUAGCGAAGACGGGCAAUACUUGGCGGCUGCUGGUUUACAUGGUUUGAUUUUGUAUGACGUCAGAUUUAAGAAAUGGAGAGUAUUUGGAGAUGUCAGUCAAGAACAACAGAUCCAUUGCAAGGGUUUGUUAUGGCUGGGGAAGAUUGUCGUAAUCUGUAACUAUAUUGAAACUUCUGACACAUACGAACUGCUUUUCUAUCCAAGAUAUCACCUUGAUCGGAGCUCUCUACUUUGUCGUAAAGUGCUGCUUGGAAAACCAAUGGUGAUGGAUGUGUACCAGGAUUAUAUACUCGUAUCCUACCUUCCAUUUAUCAUCCACGUGUACCAUGUGAAGAUAUAUGGUGAAUUGACACCAUCAAGCAAAGCAGACUUACAGCUUUCCACAGUAAGAGAAUUGUCCAUCAUGACUGCAAAGAGCCAUCCAGCAGCAAUGCGAUUCGUUCCUGACCAGCACCCGAGAGAACGCGACUUGGAUAAUGAGAGUGUGUCUUCUGAUCUGUCAGACAGGGAACCCUCAAGAUGUCUUAUACUCCGAGGAAAUGGGGAGCUUUCACUUCUUGAUUUGGUUGAUGGACGAGAGAGGGAACUUACGGAUUCAGUUGAACUAUUUUGGGUGACAUGUGGUCAGUCGGAGGAAAAGACAAAUCUUGUUGAGGAAGUAUCUUGGCUAGAUUAUGGGCAUCGAGGAAUGCAGGUUUGGUAUCCUUCUCAAGGGGAUGAUCCUUUUAUGCAAGAGGAUUUCUUGCAGUUGGAUCCAGAGUUGGAAUUUGAUCGCGAGGUGUAUCCCCUGGGACUUCUACCAAACGUGGGUGUCGUUGUUGGAGUUUCUCAAAGAAUGUCUUUUUCGGCAAGUGCAGAGUUUCCAAGUUUUGAGCCUACACCUCAAGCUCAGACUAUACUCCAUUGCCUGCUCCGCCACCUCCUUCAGAGGGAUAAAAAUGAAGAGGCGUUACUCUUAGCACAAUUAUCUGCAGAGAAACCUCACUUCUCCCAUUGCCUGGAGUGGCUUCUUUUUACUGUAUUUGAUGCAGAGAUUUCUAGGUUGUUUGAGGACUGCUUCCAGCGAAGAUGGUAUCGUACUGCAGCUUGCUAUAUACUGGUGAUUGCUAAACUCGAAGGUCCUGCUGUUAGUCAGUACUGCGCACUACGGCUGUUGCAGGCGACACUUGAUGAGUCCCUCUAUGAUCUUGCUGGAGAGCUGGUAUGUGAGGUGCUUGCUGAGAUCUGGAAGAGAAAUUGA